CGCAGCCAACUUCACUCUUUCUCUUUUCAGCCUCCUUUUGACGAGUGUUGGUCGCAAAUUUAUAAAUUUGUAAAAAAUAAAAUGGAGAACGACGCCGGUGAGAAUGUUGAUUUGUACGUGCCCCGCAAAUGCUCGGCAUCGAACAGAAUCAUCCACGCUAAGGAUCACGCCUCUGUGCAGCUGAGCAUUGUCUGUGUGGAUCCCGAGACCGGUCGCCAAACCGAUGGCACCAAGACCUACGCUAUCUGCGGUGAGAUCCGUCGUAUGGGCGAGUCCGAUGACUGCAUUGUGCGUCUGGCCAAGAAGGAUGGUCUCAUUACCAAGAACUUCUAAACAAAAUGUACAAACGUUGCAGAGUUGGUAAUAAAGUGAAUUCCUUUUUUAUUUAACGUAUAAGCCAAA